AUGGCUUCCAGACCUACCGUUUCCGUUUUGUCUGCCGAUGGCAAGGCCACCGGCGCCACUAUCCCCCUCCCAAAGGUCUUCACCUCCCCAAUCAGACCUGAUAUCGUUCAGACCGUCCACACUGGAAUGGCCAAGAACAAGCGUCAACCAUACGCUGUGAGCGAGAAGGCUGGUCACCAAACCUCUGCUGAGUCCUGGGGUACCGGUCGUGCUGUUGCCCGUAUUCCUCGUGUCUCUGGUGGUGGAACCCACCGUGCUGGUCAAGCUGCUUUCGGUAACAUGUGCAGAUCUGGACGCAUGUUCGCUCCUACCAAGGUCUGGAGAAAGUGGCACCAAAAGAUCAACCUUGGACAAAAGCGAUUCGCAACCGUUUCUGCCCUCGCUGCCUCCGGUGUCCCAGCUCUCCUCUUCGCCCGUGGUCACCAAAUCUCCGAAGUCGCUGAAGUUCCUCUCGUUAUCAACUCCGAGGUCUUCGAGGGUGCCAAGAUCGCACGCACUUCCGCCGCUGCUGGUCUCCUCAAGACUGUCGGUGCUUUGGCCGAUGUUGAGAAGGUCAAGGGAUCCCGAAAGCUCCGUGCCGGUAAGGGUAAACUCAGAGGCCGCCGUCACAGACAAAGACGUGGACCUCUCGUUGUCUAUGACGGAAACGCUGACGGAAAGGAACUUGUCCGUGCUUUCCGUAACCUCCCAGGUGUUGAGACCUGUGAUGUUUUCUCCUUGAACUUGUUGCAGUUGGCACCAGGUGGACAUCUCGGACGUUUCAUCAUCUGGUCUUCAGCUGCCUUCAAGGCUCUUGACAACAUCUACGGUACCACCACCGCCCCAUCUGCCCUCAAGAAGGACUUCCUCCUCCCAUCCAACGUUGUCUCCCAAGCCGAUAUUGGACGUCUCAUCAACUCCUCCGAAUUGCAAUCCGUUAUCCGUGCUGCUAGAGGAUCCGCACUCACCAAGCGUGCUGGUGUUCAAAAGAAGAACCCCUUGCUCAACAAGCAAGUUCUCUUGAGAUUGAACCCAUACGCUGCCGGAUACUCCAAGGAGAAGAUCGGUACCAAGGGAUUGGAUGCUGGUAAGCCAGAGCGUAUUAACAAGACUCAAUACGCUCAGGUCUUGAAGGAGGAUUAAGCGUUUGUAUUUCUGUUUUCAAAUUUUCAACGAGGGAUGGGACAUUGUAGGCGCUUAUGAUAGCUUGAUGGCUUCAAGCGGGGUCGACAUAAGUAAUGAAAAAUAUUACGAAUGCCUGAAUCAAAAUAAUGACACCUUUAUUCCUCUUGACUGACACUCUUACUGUGAUAUAUGUAAUCAAUUUUGUCAAACACCGUUGUCAAGAUUUUUGUGAGCAAGCGC